CUGAGAGGAGGAGACCCAAAUCACGCUACAGAAAAUCACAUGGAAAAAUACCCCCAGGGGUGCCCGAGAGGGGGGGAGGAUGAGCACCUCAAUUGGACGGAUCAAAGGUUAACGACUAAUGGCAAUGGACAACCGACUAUGAGUAUCAAAUGCAGAUGUGGUAAGGUUUGCAAGAACAGCCGAGGCCUGAAGAUUCACCAGACCCGGAUGAAGUGUUUGGAGGGACAGGGAGUGUCACAACGUACAGGUAUUUUACCUGGUGAGACACAGGAGGAGCCGGGCCCGGAAUCACCCCAUAGAGCCCGAAGCCUCCAAGUAGCGCAACUAGUCCCUCGGAACAGUUCUCCGGAGAAGGUUCGAGUCAGCUGGCCUCAGGCCUGCAAGACGGCAGUCUGGCAUCAGUUCGACGAGGACGUCGACAAGGUGCUAGAAGCAACUGCGAAGGGAGACGUGGACCGGAGGCUGCGGACGAUGACGACAAUCAUCAUCAGCCUAGCAGUGGAAAGGUUUGGAGCAGUGGUGAAGAUGCCGGCCAGAACACCUUUCACCAUGAACCAACGAGCAACAAAGAUCCACAAGAUCCGGCAGGAGCUGAAGUCCCUCAAGAAGCAGUAUAAAGAGGCCAGGGAAGAGCAACGUCCCCGCUUGGCCGAGCUUCGAACCAUCCUGAGGAAGACGCUGAUGACCCUCCGUAGAGCUGAGUGGCACCAAAGACGCCGGAAGGAAAGAGCCAGGAAACGAGCAUCCUUCAUAGCCAACCCCUUCGGCUUCACCAAACAACUACUCGGGCAGAAGCGCAGUGGGAGUUUGGCUUGCUCCAACGAGGAGAUCGACCAGCACAUCCAGAUGACCUACAGUGACCCAAUCAGGCAGCAGGAGCUGGGCCAGUGCAACAUCCUGAUAAAACCACCUCCACCCAUGAAGGAGUUUGGUAGUAGAGAGCCACACCUGAAAGAGGUCCAGGACGUUGUGAAGAGAGCAAGAUCUGGCUCAGCCCCUGGCCCGAGCGGAGUCCCCUACAGGGUCUACAAGAACUGCCCCUUGUUACUGAAACGGCUGUGGAAGAUCCUGAGGAGAGGAAAAGUGGCGCAGCAGUGGCGAUUCGCUCAAGGAGUCUGGAUCCCAAAGGAGGAAGAUUCCAAGACAAUCGAUCAGUUCAGAAUCAUCUCCUUGCUAAGCGUUAAAGGCAAGAUUUUCUUCAGCAUAGUGGCGAGGCGGCUGACCAACUUCCUCUCCAGCAAUGGUUACAUCAACAGCUCAGUGCAAAAGGGAGGCUUAUCUGGAGUGCCGGGGUGUCUAGAGCACACGGGAGUGGUGACCCAGUUCAUCAGAGAAGCCAGGGAGAACAAGGGUGACCUGACAGUGCUCUGGCUUGACCUGGCCAACGCCUACGGCUCCAUCCCGCACAAGCUGAUCCAGACAGUCAUGGACAAGCAUCAUGUACCGGGCCAAGUGGCAGAUCUCAUCCUGGACUAUUACAACCAGUUCAGCAUGAGAGUCUCAUCAGGGUCAGUAACAUCAGAGUGGCACAGACUGGUUGGGAUCAUCACAGGCUGUACCAUCUCUGUGAUCCUUUUUGCCUUGGCGAUGAACAUGAUCGUCAAGUCUGCUGAGCCAGAGUGCCGGGGCCCUCGGACCAAGUCAGGAAUGCGCCAACCACCAAUCAGAGCCUUCAUGGACGACCUGACUGUCACCACUGAGUCAGUGCCAGGAGGCAGGUGGAUCCUGCAGGGGUUGGAGAAGCUGAUUGGAUGGGCAAGGAUGAGGUUUAAGCCAGGAAAAUCAAUACUGGUGCUGAAGAAGGGCAAAGUCAUGGACAGGUUCCGCUUCAGCAUCGAAGGGUCACCAAUCCCAACUGUCUCCGAAAGGCCAGUGAAGAGUCUUGGCAAGGUGUUUAACAGCAGCCUGAAGGAUACAGCAUCUGUCCAGGCAACCUGUCAGGAGCUGGAGAGCUGGUUGAGAGCAGUGGACCGGUCGGGGCUUCCCGGCAAGUUCAAGGCAUGGAUUUACCAGCAUGGUAUCCUGCCAAGGAUACUCUGGCCACUGCUUGUCUACGAAGUCCCAAUAUCCAUCGUAGAGAGAUUGGAGAGGAAAGUCAGCAGCUUUCUCAGAAGGUGGCUGGGACUGCCCAGGAGCCUUAGCAGCAUCGCGCUUUACGGAAAUAACACCAAGCUCCAGCUGCCCCUGAAGUCCCUGGAGAAGGAGUUCAAGGUGACUCGUGUCAAAGAGGUGAUGAUGUACAGGGACUCCAGCGACCCCAAGGUGGCUCAAGCAGGGGUGGAGGUGAAAACUGUGAGGAAGUGGAGAGCCGGCGAAGCCGUGCUGCAAGCAGAGUCCCGGAUACGCCACAGAGUCCUAGUGGGAGCAGUGACUCGGGGAAGAGCAGGCCUGGGAAUCUUCCCAUCUCCCCAGUUUGACAAGGCCAAGGGGAAGGAGAGGCGCAGGCUGGUCCAGCAGGAAGUGAGGGCAGUGGUGGAGGAGGAGAGGUGUACCAGAGCAGUUGGAUUGAGGCAGCAGGGAGCCUGGACAAGGUGGGAGCAGGCCAUGGACCGAAAAGUCACAUGGACUGAGCUCUGGCAGGCUGAACCACAGCGCAUCAAGUUCCUGGUCCAGGCAGUGUAUGAUGUCCUGCCCAGCCCAUCAAACCUCUUCAUCUGGGGCAAAGCGGAAUCUCCAGAUUGCCCGCAAUGCUCAGGCAAGGGGACGUUGGAACACAUCCUGAGCUGUUGCCCAAAGGCUCUUGGGCAGGGCCGGUACACCUGGCGUCACGACCAGGUUCUUAAACCCAUUGCAGAAGCCAUCAGCAUGGGAAUCAGCAGCUGCAGACGAGAACGCCCCACCACCCAGAUGAUCACCUUCGUGAAGGCCGGAGUGCAGCUGCCAAGAACCACAGCAGCCAGGAAUCCGUCAGGAAUCCUGGCGACUGCGCAGGACUGGCAGCUUUCCGUAGACCUGGUGAAACAGCUGAAGUUCCCACAGCACAUUGCCACGACCACCCUGAGGCCAGAUAUCCUCCUGGUCUCAGAGGCGACCAAAAACAUCGUCUUGUUGGAACUGACAGUGCCGUGGGAGGACCGUCUGGAGGAGGCCCACGAGAGGAAGAUGGCCAAAUAUGAAGAACUGGUCAUAGACUGCCGUAAGCAGGGCUGGAAGGCAAGGUGUAUGCCCAUCGAGGUUGGCUGCAGAGGUUUUGCAGGGCAAUCGCUUUACAAAGCCAUGAGUGCACUGGGCAUCAACGGAGUGGCAAGGAGAAGGGCCAUCAAGAACACCACAGAGGCAGCGGAGAAGGCCUCGAGAUGGCUCUGGAUCAGGAGAGGAGGUCCAUGGGGAGGAGCGAAUGCCACCUGAACACAAGUCGUGGUCUGAUCAACCACGGCUGGGUCGCCUGGGUGAGGGUGUCUGAUGUUGAAAGACCCGAAACACCCAAUGACCCCAGGUUACAUCACUGAUGAUGUGUUCAGGAACAUCUAUCGAUGGAUUUGUAUCAAUCUGACCUGAAAAGUUACCUAUCCUUUUUCUCCGAUGCUGCCUGACCUGCUGAGUUACUUUAGCAUUUUGUGUCUAUCUUUGAUUUAAAACAGCAUCUGCAGUUCUUUGUUUCUACAAGUUAAGACCUGAUGUUUACAAAAUGAUCCACCAUUGAUCUUGGUAAAAUGUCAGAGUCCAUUGUCAUCGACUUUUACAGACCCAAAUCAUUCACGAUGUUUAGUUGAGUUAGUCCCAUUUCCGUGGAUUUGGCUCAUCUCUCUUUAUUAUCCAUAAACCUGGUUAAAAGUCAUUUCAAUAUUGAACAAUACAGCACAAGAACAAGGUCUUAGGCCAACAAAGUCUGCAUCGAACAUGAUGCCAACUCUUGUCUACCUGCUCACAAUCCAUAUCCCUUAAUUCCCUGCCAAUUCAAAUGCAAAUCCAAAAGUCUCUUAAAUUCCACUAUCGCAUCUGCC